GAUUUGAGCUGAUGACGAUAGAUGAGCUGAAGGAAGUAGUUAUAACGGAUAAAUUUAAAACAAACUGUGCUGGAGUUGUUAUUGACUUCCUGAUAAGACACAGUCUAUUGGAACCUGAUAACAUGCCGGAUUACGUGGAGAUUAUUAACUUACUUCAUUCCAAACAUCCCUUCUAAUGAUUAUCCGAGUUACUGGGGUUACUGAGUUUAUUAGAAUUAAAACACCGAAUUUUUCAAAGAUGUUUUACUCAGAUACAUAUUUUUAUUGAUAUUAUUAGCGAUUUUGACCUUUUUAAAUCGGAUUGACACUUGUAUUUUAAAGAUAUAUACUUUAUACCCAAUGAUAAGACUUAUGAAUAAACAGGAGAUAACCAACCCAACAUGUAGGAAAAUAGCAUUAAUCAAGUAGAAGUCAUUACAUGGAAUGUUGCUUAAUUGCACAUAAUAUAAUCGACAGUACACUUGAUACUUGAUCCCCAAUAGUCAACAAGUGGGCGGGCACCUCAUUAUUUGACACUGCCUGAUGGCUAAUUAGAUCAUAACGCUAUCAGAUCGUAUCUUAAUUAGGUCAUUACUAGGCAGAUUUGCAAAAUGCAGCAAAACGAAUUCUCUUAAUCCCUUCGUCAGUUACAGCUAGAAUUUGGGCCUAUCUUCGGCUAUCUUCGGCUUCAUGUUGUGUUAGAAAUUACCAUUGAAACUAUCCGGUUUUAUAUAAUAAAAGUUAUUAGAUUAUAUUAUGUUGAUAUAUUACAUCGUGAUGUCAUGCAAAACAUUGCCAACAAAUUCAGUUAGGAUACAUUUUGGCACCACAAAGGUCACACACAGUUUACUCUCUAAACCCUAGAAACCCUUUUAGGCUUCCCAAAGGCCGCCAAUCGUUGUGAUUUGCCUUCUAAACUCCCGAUUUGGAUUUCAUGCGUCGGAGGUCUUCACGUUCAAUGAAAUUCGUCGGAAAUGAUAUUUCCGAGCAUCGCCGGACGCGCGCGCCCAACCGGAAUUAAAUGUGGAAAAGUUUAAGGUCUACAUAUUGUGAGCAUUAUUCGCACGACCGUUAUGAUCGACAAAAUACUUGGUAGAUUAAAACGUUUUGUUGUGUUGUACCUGAUUUCCUCUACGUAAUAACAAAAAACUCAGUUUACCGACUGAAGCCGGCAAAGUAUGUAUACCGUAUAUACCUAAUAUAUUAUAUUAUUGUGCAAGUGUUGUGAUAUUAGUUUACAUCGACCCUUGAUAAGGUUAUCGCUCGUAUUUACUUCUUUCUAAUUUCAACUGACUCAGGUAGGAUGUCAGCCCGCUCAUGCGUUCUCUUCCUCACAGGGCCCCACACAUCUCAGGAGUUCAUCUCCCAGGUGCUGUCUCAAUUUGACGCUAACUUGAGUGGGGAUAUCCCUUGUUGCAUCAUCACAAGUUCAGGAGAAGCACCUCUCUGGUGCGGUACUGAGUCUCCCGGACCAGCUAACUCUCAGGAAACCACGUGGAGUACCUCUCUAGCUGGACUCAAGUUUGAUGAGGAGAAACUUAGGGCUGGGUCCCUUGAUAACGUUGGGAUAACACUUCAUAACUUGCUGGACGAGAUUCCUAAAUAUAACGUUAUACAUGCAGUGUGGAUCACAGAACAGAUCCCUACAGCGGGGGCAUCACUAAUCCUUGCCAGUGGUCUAAUGAGAUUCAUUAAAUGUCAUCAUGGUUACCUGUCCAUAGUGUCCCAGUCUAGGGACACUAACCACAGUCCUUGGGUUAAAGCAAUGAAGGCUGCUGUUCUCCUGAAGAGCGAUGUUCACAACUUGGCUAAGAUCAUCAGCAAGUGUUGUUGGGUUACUGACAUCAACUUCAGAGGAACGGGGCAAAGUAGUGUGGACAUGACACUAACGGGAAUUGUUGUGAUGGGAAAACACACGGACUUUGUAACGAACGGGAAUCUUACACUCCUUUCUGUUAUACAGAUUGUAAAUUCGGUUCCACUGUACAUCCUAAAAGAGUGUGUUGACGUUACUACGGUUGCCAUGGAUACCGCUCGGAGAUUGGCUACACUCACAACCAGAGGAAUUUUAUGCAAAGUUACUUACCAGAGAGAACAAGGUAUUAAGUUGAAGUCUGAGUGGAUACGAGCAGUGCAAACUCGCAGUAUUGGUAACUCAGCUAACACCACGCAGGGACCUUACGUUCUCUUGUGGAGGGGAAAACUUUACACUUUCAGAGACGUGCUGCAACCACCUAGCACCCAAAAAGGAGGAGUAUUUAUAAACCAGAACCCACGUGUAGACUGGAGUCACGAGCAGAAGCUACUGGAGUUCUUCGAGAGGGCGGCCGUUGAGAGCACUAAGACUGAUAAAAGUUUUCCAGUCAGGAUACCUUCUCCUAGAAACACACCAGCUGCCGCCUCAGUUCCUUCUCCUAUGGAUUUCCUGAGUAACUACGAUCCCAGCUCGUUCAAGAGUGAUAACCAGGAUAGUUCAGGAGAAGAGUUCCACGAACAAAGAACUGCUUCGCUUCCCUUUAGAGAUGUAGUGAACUUACAGACUCACGGUAUAAACUAUUUUAAUUGUCACGACGAUUCAGACGAGCGGAUACAGGAAUUACAGAGAAAAUUCGUCCAUCGAGAAACAUACUGCAGCCUCUCACCCUACAACACCGAAGAGAAACGAGAAUAUAAAUCAGCAACCAGUAAAUCAAAUAAAGACUCCAGAUUUUACCGCACAAGCUCCAACAACUCUGAAAAGUCAGUGAGCGGUAAAGGAAAGUGUAAAGCUUCCACCCUCGAUCGUAGUAAAAGCUUAUCUCACUUACCUUCGUGUAGUUCUAGCGUUAAAAUUGAGCCCAGGCACGCCAAAUCGUCUGAAAACAUUGCUCAGAUUCCGAUUGUUUCUGUAAGUCGGAACACUAAAUCUACAGAAGUGUUACCACCAACUUCGUCUGAAGCUAAGCCAGAAUCCUCGGGUGUCAGUUCUAAUUCAGAAACUUGUGGGACGUUAAAACCCUCUAGAUCGCAGAAAAACAAGACUCUGUUGAAAUCCGUGAUAUCGGAAUGUUUAGCAAGCGAAGGGAUCACCCCUGAUCAUCCGAGGUUCAAGUCGUUGAGCUCCAAACUGUACGAUAUCGGCAAACUUAUGUUGAAAGAUUCUACUUCAGGAAGCGAAGGGAUUAAGGACACAAUGUUGGCUAUCAUCAAACCACAAGCAAACCUCAUCGUUCAACUGGAAAAACAUAAAGGGAAAUGAAAUAAAGGGAAAUUAAACUUAACCAAAGUGGUGUGUUUCAGUAAAUGUCCAUAUUUUGUAUUUGAAUGUAAUUCUUACAUCCGUUUUUCGUUUGCUCAAGGUUUCACGUAAAUGAUCAUGUUAAUGAUAGAUAUUGUGCUUACUAUUUUGUUGUGUGCGACGUUUCAGACGAUGUUCUCAAUCCUCUACCAUUCAUUAAUAA